AUGAAUACCACCGCGGAAGCAGGAGCUGCACCUGCAGCAACUGCGGCACAGGCGACAGCGCCCGCCACGACGGCGGCGGCACCACCACCAUCACCACAGGAACACCAACAAUCAGCACAAACGGAAUCCGCACCAGUUGCCCAACGGCCUGCGCAAACGACGCAGAAACAACAGCAACAGAAGCCUCAGCAGCAGCGACCUCCUGGCGUGCAGACGCGUGAUCGAUUUUUCCAGCAAUCGCUCGGCGGCUCCUUGAACGCCAACGUGAAAAAGGCGCGCGUUCUUAUGGUUGGAGCUGGCGGUAUUGGAUGCGAACUUCUCAAGAAUAUCGUGCUCACGGGUUUCGGCGAAGUCCACGUCGUCGACCUCGACACAAUCGACCUGAGCAAUCUCAAUCGACAAUUCCUAUUCCGAUACGAACACAUCAAGAAGUCCAAGGCUUUGGUCGCCAAGGACGCGGCGCAGCCCUUUAACCCCAAGGUCAAGAUUGUCGCGCAUCAUGCGAACAUCAAGGAUCCGCAAUUCAACGUAAAGUGGUUCCGUGACUUCAACAUCGUUUUCAAUGCGCUCGACAAUCUGGAGGCGAGACGGCACGUCAACCGAAUGUGUUUGGCCGCUGACGUUCCUCUCAUCGAGAGCGGUACGACGGGAUUCAAUGGCAACGUACAGGUCAUCAAGAAGGGUGUUACAGCAUGUUAUGAUUGCACGCCAAAAGAGACGCCCAAGUCUUUCCCCGUCUGCACUAUCCGAAGCACCCCAAGCCAACCCAUCCACUGCAUCGUGUGGGGCAAGAGCUAUCUCCUCAACGAAAUCUUCGGCACGAGCGAAGACGAGUCCGCUUUCGACAACUCGGCCGAUGCCGAGAACGCCAAAGAGAUUGAGGAAUUGAAGAAGGAAGCUGCAGCUCUGAGGACGAUUCGCGAAUCAUUGGGUACGGAUGCCUUCCCACAAUUGCUUUUCGACAAGGUCUUCACCACCGAUAUUGUGCGACUUGCGUCGAUGGAGGAUAUGUGGAAGUCUAGACGGAAACCUGAGGCCCUCGACUACAAGGUAUUGUCAGAUAAGUCGGCCACAGCUCUCGCCUCGAAGGAGGCUAUUCUGCAGGGUGGACAGCAGGUGUGGACGUUGGAGGAGAAUUUUGCUGUGUUCGUUGACAGCCUGGAUCGUCUGAGCAAACGGAUGCUAGAGUUGAAGAAAGCACACAAAGACGCGUCCGGGCCUGAGCCUCUGAUCACAUUCGACAAGGACGACGAGGACACGUUGGACUUUGUGACUUCUAGCGCAAAUAUUCGAUCCGCCAUUUUCGGCAUCGAGAGGAAGUCGCGCUUCGAUAUUAAGCAGAUGGCUGGCAAUAUCAUCCCUGCCAUUGCGACAACCAAUGCCAUUGUCGCCGGACUGUGUGUCCUUCAAUCAUUCAAGGUGCUGAGAGGCGACUUCACUCAGACUAAGGAGGUGUUCAUCUCUCCUCACAACCCUGCCCGUCUGCUCAACUCGAGCAAGUACCGCGGUCCUAACCCAGAUUGCCCGGUAUGCAGCGUAUAUCAGACGAGCGUUACAGUCGACAUGUCUCGAGCUACACUCAAGGAUCUCGUCGAGGACUUUGUGCGCCUGGAGCUUGGUUACGGGGACAAGGAGUUCGCCCUGAACAAUGACGCCGGACCACUCUAUGACCCGGAUGAGACGGAGAACCUCUCCAAGAAGCUCAGUGAGCUUGGGAUCAAAGAGGACUCUUUUCUCACAGUCAUUGAUGAAGACGAUGACGAGCCCUUCGUCAAUGUCGUCAUCAGCAUCCAGGAAUCCAAGGAGCCCCUGGCCGACAAGCCUAUUCAGGGCUUAGUCGCGGACAAGAAGCCCGAGAUCCCUCACAAGCCGAAGAAGGAGGCACCCGCCGAAUCGAACGGCUUGAGUGAGCAGAACGGCAAGCCCGCUGUUGAGGCGUCAGAGGAGUUAGCAAACCUCAAGCGGCCUCGACCGGAUGACGGAGACGAGCCGAUCCAAGCGAAGAAAGCCAAGGUAGUCGCUACCACAAGCAGCGACGACGUGGUCCUCGUGGACGAUUCGACCGGUGGAGCCAUUGUCAUUGACGACGACUGA